UGUAGCCUACUUCUUCAAGACUUCUUAGAGUGUGAAAUCUAAUCCAAGUGUUAGUGCAUUUUGCUGCUGGAAUGAUGACUCCUCUAGAAGCUGUCAAGAAGCAGCAAAAGUACACUAGUGUACACGAGGCAGUGAAAGCCGGUGAUGUAGAACAACUUGCGUCAAUGAUAAAAAGAGGAGCUAGUAUUGACGAGGUGGAUUUAGUCCACGAGUUCACACCUUUGCACUGUGCUGCACACUCUGGAAGUCUGGAGUGUCUUCACUGGUUGCUCUGGCACGGAGCUGACAUAACACAGGUAGCUGUCAGAGGCUGGACUGCAGCUCACCUUGCGGCUAUCCGAGGACAGGAUGCUUGCAUGCAGGCUUUGAUAUCAAAUGGAGCAAACCUAGAAGCUCGAGACGACCGUGGGUGCACCCCGGCACACUUAGCUGCAGCCCAUGGGCAGUCGUACACUUUACAAACCAUACUGCAAAGUGGAGCGAAUGCAAAUGUUUCAGACAGGAAUGACUGGAAGCCUGUUCAUUAUGCUGCUUUUCAUGGUCGCUUGGGGUGUUUGCAGCUUCUUAUUAGAUGGGGAGCAUGCAUAGAUGAUGUGGAUAACAAUGGAAACCUUCCAGCACAUCUGGCAGCAAUGGAAGGACAUCUGUACUGCUUUAAGUUCUUGGUCAGUAAAAUGGCCAGUGUCAUGGACAUGCUGAAAGCCAGGAAUGACCAUGGAGAGACUCCAAGGGACUUGGCUGAGCGCUUCUAUAAAGAUAAUAUUCUGCAAUAUAUUAACAGUAUGGAAAAAGAGGAGGAGCAUCCAGAGACACAGGAAGUUUUAGCUUUCCCAGCCCAUAGCGCUGCUUUCAAAGGGGACAUUUUGGUACUUAGAAGAUUAGUGAAAACUGGAGUAGUCAAUAUUAACGAGCGGGAUGAUAAGGGAUCCACUCUCAUGCACAAAGCUGCUGAACAGGGGCACGUCCAUUGCUUACAGUGGUUACUUGAAAGGGGAGCUGACUGUUACAUUACAGAUGAUGCUGGAGAGACUCCAAAGGAUGUGGCCAAGAGAUUUGCCCAGCUGGCAGCUGUAGAACUUUUGACACAAAGAACUGGAGACAGUAACUCCAGUGAUGAAGAACUAGAUGCAAACAAUGCAAAAUUUUUUGAAAGACAUGGUGUGGAAGGGAGUACGGAUAGCAAAGAAGAUUUAAUCCUGAGCAAAGCAGAGAAAAGGAACGCACGCAUAAGGGCCUAUCGCAAGAUUCAAGAACUUCAGCAUCUUCUAGAAAUUGCCUACGGCAACUACAGACAACUGGGAGGAAUAACGGAGGAGGAGAAGAAGAUGAAAAAAGAACAAAGGGAUGUUGAGAAGGCUGUGAAGGAGCUGGAGGCUCAGCUGGAAUUCGAGCGAGUCAGGCGGGAGAAGCUGGAGAGCCAGCUGGAUGACUACCGUGCUGAGAUAAGCCACCUGAGAGAGAGACUGGAGGAAACCUGCAAGCCACCUGCAGCCCUGAAAACUGAAACUAUCUCCAAUCCUCACAAAGAGAAAAAGAAAGUAAAGAAGAAACCAGCCUGCAACUCUGGCAGAGUGUUUGUUUGUGAGACCGCGCUGAGGACUGAACAUCAGACAAGGGGCUGGAAGACCUGAGGAGGUAGUGGCAAUAUUUUACACCGUGCAAAGUAUUUGCGAAGCCCAGUUCCACAGAUGUGCUGUGGUUCACUGAAUUUCAUUGAACUACUCUCCUAGUUUUCUGGCAUAGAAUAUACUGUUAGAUCACUGCAGCAGCAUAAAAAACAAACCAAAACAACAAAAAUAAAAAAAUAAAAUAAUAAAAAAACCCCACACUGUCAGACUUCUGUUCCUGUCCAGGUAGUAGUUAAGAGUUUUACAAACUGUAGCAUUUGAGAGAAAACUGCAGCCAUGUCAUGGGACCUCAGUCAGACGCAGCAGCCAUGUCAUGAGAGAAAACUGCAGCCAUGUCAUGGGACCUCAGUCAGACGCAGCAACAUGGUCCUGAAGCAGUGUCUGGUACGAGUACUUGCUGAACUGCGGGGACAGGUGCCAGGCCCCUCACUUUCCACCUUCAAGCCAUUCCUAAAUAAGCCCUGAAGCUAUUCCUUUGUGAGGUGCCAGAUAAACUGCAGCGGUGGGCCCCUGACUCUAAAUCAAGGCUGAGGAUGCCACUAGGUCACAGGGCAUGUUGUGGUUAGAAAUAGCAAUCCUGACAUCCCUGCCUAAAAAAACAUUUAAUGGCUUUACAUAUAAUACAGAUUUUUUUCUCUUAUCUGCAUGCUAUUGUGAAGUUAUUUUCCUUUGGAGCUCCCACCAUGCAUUAACAUUUUGGCUGUCUCUGUUCCAAUAAAUCUUUGUAUGAUAGACGGUAA